AGUAAAAAACAGAUAUAAACAAUCGAUAUUUAGAUUUGUUUUUAUAGUUAUAAUAAAUAAAUGUAAAAGCUCUUCAUCUCUUAAUAGUCAGAAGCAGAUUUCUCUAGCCUUGAUUAACAGUUGCUAGAGUCAAAUCAUCAGUCUAUUAAUGAUCAAAGUUUAUUGUAGGAGGAAUCUUUUAACUGUUAGUUAAAUACUUUAUAGUAAUAAUAGAAUAGAAAUAAUACAUCUUGUUCAGAUGAUCAUACUCAAAAUCAAAAUGAAUAGUUCAAAAAAGUGCAAUUUAUUGUUAAGCCUUCUCAGGUUUUGCUAAAUUUCUAAAUAAAUGUUUUUACUGGAUUGUAGAUUACUAGCGAUGGAGUAAUUAGAUAUUUUCCAGCUAUUUAACCAGUUUAUUUUGGUUUUAAUUAAUAUGAUUCCAUUUAAGUAGAAGACUUUUAUCACAGCAUUGGAUUAGUUAAUCUAAAAUAGCACAACAGAGCUAAGCAAACAAAAAGUAGCUAUAAACAGGCUUUGGAUUUUAUUUAAUAUAUCCCAAAUAUUGAAUAAUAAAUUGUCAAAGAAACUUUCACUAAAUUUGGAAUGCUGAUGUGUAACUUAAGCGAGUAUUUUGCAAAACAAAUUACUUCAGAAGCUAUGCUUAAGACUAAAGAUGAAGAAUUUAAGAUGUUUUAAUAAAUGUGCAUGAAAUUUCUUGAAGAAUUAAACAAUUAAAAUGGAAAUUAAAUGUAUUGUUAUUAGAUUUUUAGAUUAAGUCAAAAAUACAAUGAUAUAGAUUUUUCAAACUAUGGCUACUCAAAAUCCUACUUAGAUCUAUUAGGGAUUAAUGCAGAAACACUAUCUUAAAUAAUAUUAAGAGGAAAGUAAAUAGACUUAAUCCCAAAUAAAAUUGAUAUAACGAAAUAAGGUUUAACUUCUUUGUAAAGAGUAGGAGUUGAAGAAGAAGAUAAUAAUAUUGCAGAGAUUAUUACCUUUGAUGGCUUUCCCAUAAAGAUUCAUUUAAAAAGAAAAGAUUAUGGGAGUUUAUUUUUAAACAAAGAAAUUUUAUAAGGUGAAUAUGAACAUUAUUUUUUGAUUACUGAAAUAGAUAUAGAGCUAAACGACUUACAAUAACUAAUUAAUUACAGAUAAAGAUUAACAUAAAAUUUUAAACUUUCUUAUGAUGAUUUCAUUAAAAAAGAACUCUCAUAUCUUUUCGAAGAUGUUGAGUACUCUAUUCACUCAUAAGCAUUUUUAGAAAAAUAUUAUGCUCAAAAUAUUAAAUCACUAUAAAAAAAAUAGUAAUUGCCUUGUGGCUAUAGAUAAAUCUAAAACUGA